UCUCCAGCGAAUAAUCUACAAAAAGAAAAGAUAAAAUGUGCGGAAUCUUUGCAAUAUUUUCAAAGGAUGGAGAGCCGAUUGGCAGCCAGGUGCUGCAUGGCAAGAAGCACAGUCUGCGGGAGAUGGCCUAUCGGCAGAGCGGAAAACAGCGGCAUCGUGGCCCCGACUCCACUGGCGUCCAUAUAAUCCCAGAGGAUGGCGUGGCAAUGGUUCACGAACGUCUGCGAAUUGUGGGCGUGGAACAUGGCGACCAGCCGUUUGUUUCCAACGAUGGGAACGUGGUGCUGGUGGCCAACGGCGAGAUCUACAACUACCUGGAGCUGACGGCGGCCAUAAAGAAGCAACGUGGCGCCUACGAACCGAAGAGUGACUGCCACGUUAUCCUGGAGCUGUAUCAGGACUAUGGGGAGGAGCUGCUGAAACACAUCAAGGGAAUGUUCGCCUUCGCCCUGUACGACAGGCGCACGAAGCAAGUGCUCGUGGCCAGAGAUCCCUUUGGCAUUAUUCCCAUGUACAUUGGUGAGGAUGAGGCUGGCAAUGUGUGGGUGGCCUCCGAAAUGAAGUGCUUAGUGGAUGCCUGCAUCAAUGUCGAGACCUUCCCCCCGGGCGAGGCCCGCUUUGGACGCGUGGGAGAGAUGCAAACAAUCUGGCGCUUUGAGCAAUCCUGGAUCAAGGAAGUGCCCACCAAGCCGUGCGACCUGGAGCUUCUCCGCUCCAGCCUGGAGUCGGCCGUGCGCACCCAUCUACACUGCGACGUCAACUUUGGGGCUUUGCUGUCGGGCGGUGUGGACUCCAGCCUUAUUGCCGCUAUAGCCACGAAGAUUAUGAAGGAGAAGGACCCCGACUAUCGGCUGAAGACCUUCUCUGUGGGUCUGCGCGAUGCGCCCGACUUUAAGGCGGCCAGUCACGUGGCCAAGUACAUCCAAAGUGACCACAAGGAGCUCGUCUUCGAGAUUCCUGAUGCUCUGGACGGCAUACGCGACAUUAUCUAUCACCUGGAGACCUAUGAUGUGACAACCGUGCGCUGCAGCCUGCCCAUGCUGCUGCUCGCCCGCUACAUCAAGAGCACCGGCAUCAAGAUGAUCCUCUCCGGCGAGGGGGCGGACGAGAUCUUCGGCGGAUACCUGUACUUCCACAAGGCCCCCAACUACGAGCAGUUCCACCAGGAGCUGGUGAAGCGCGUGCAUCAGCUGCAUCACUCCGACUGCCUGCGCGCCAACAAGGUGGCCAUGGCCAAGGGCGUGGAGCUGCGCGUCCCCUUCCUGGAUACGGACUUCGUCAACCAUGUGAUGCAGAUCCGACCAGAGGACAAGAUUCCUGGACAGCUCAACGCGUUCCCCGGUGCCCUAGAACCCUUGAGGCGCAUGGAGAAGUACGUGCUGCGAGCCGCCUUCACCAAAAACUAUCUGCCGGACGAUGUGCUGUGGCGCCAGAAGGAGCAGUUCUCCGAUGGCGUUGGCUACAACUGGAUCGACAGCAUUCGCCGUGUGGCCACCAGUCACGUGAGCGAUGAGGAUUUCGCACAGUCUUCAAAAAGAUUUCCCUUCAAUACGCCCACCACAAAGGAGGCGUUCUACUAUCGCUGCAUCUUCGAGGAGCUGUUUCCGCGCGAUUCGGCAGCCCGCACGGUAAUCAGGUGGGUGCCACGCCUCGACUGGGGCUGCCCGGAGGAUCCCUCGGGUCGCGCACAGGCCGUCCAUAAGUCACUAAAGACUGAUUUAGCUUAAAUAUAAAUUUAAUUAAGUACAAAGUUAGCUUUUUAUUGAAGCACAAUGCAUCGAAGCUAUCCAUGAAUCU